CAAGAUAUAGUUUAUAUAAAUAUUAUUGACUAACUAAUUACUAAAAUGAUAUCCGCAUCUGGCAUUACUCUUUGCAUAUAUAAUAUGGUAUUGGUGCAUAUUAUCAAGCGCGUCAAGAGCAUUGCAUAUGAAAGUGAAACUCAUACAACUUUAUGGAGCUAUAUACCGAUAUGGGGCGAUUACUGGUCAAUCAAGAAAUUGAAAAUAACUGAGAAUUCACUUGAGGUUCCAGAUUCUUUGAUUAUAACGAAUGUUUUACUAAACUUAGCGGUGCUGUUGCCGUCAUUUUCUCAGCGACCGCGGUAUAGCUUAUUAUUGGGUAUCAUACUGAUGUGGAACUUUUUUAUUUUACAACGCAUGUUGGCCUUUCUGCUCAGCAUAUUGUGCUUUCUUUGGUUGACAGAUAUAAACAACACAGAUUAUAUCAUGGUGGGCCUAAGCGUGUUAAUUUUCAAUAUUUUCCAUAUAAUGCUUAUCAUUGAUACGAUGAAGCUGCAGCGUUACUGUUUAGAAGCCACUGAGGUGGCGAAUUUGGCGCAAAUUGAAACGAUUGGCGAUGGCAUUUGGAAUGAUUAUUAAGAAAUCCACUCACAAAUCACUCACAGGCUUAGCUUGUAACCUUGGUCCACUAAGCUCAGCCAGCCAACCGACCAACCUGCUCUCCCACUCCCACACUCUGCUACAAAUUCUAGGUCGUUUGGUUCUAACUAAUAAAUAUGCCAAAAAAUACCAAUGCGUAUAUACA